CUCUCGCGGAGCAGCGGCUCGCCCCCACCCCCAAUCUCCUCUCCCCUCUCCUCCUCGCGAUUCUCUCUCUCCCUCCCCUUCGCCGCCGGCGAGCCUCCGACGGCGUCUCUCCGUCCGCCGUUCUCCCCCGCCCUCCUCCUCCGCUCCGGCGAUCGAGGAAUCCUGAUUGGCGUUUUGCGGCGCCUCGAGAUAUCUCCCCCCUUAGGGUUCGGCCUCGAAUCUCGGCACCUCGGUUAUCGAUUCGGUAGCUGAAUUUCGCGCUUCCUAGCGAGGGUGCAUAAAUUCACGGUUCGUUGUCGGUCCGUUUGUUAUUCAACUGUUGAAUUGGGAUCGGAAUUCUGGUGAUUUCGAUUGGGGGUGCUCGCGAUUAGGAUUGGGAUUUUUUUUUUUUUUCAUCUUUUGUUGUUUUCCAGUAAAAAAAUUGAAAAAGAGUGGUGUAGUUUUCUGUUUCUUUGAGUAGAGGUGCAGUUCUGUUAGGGUUUUUUUUUUUUUUAUUUGUUGAGUUUGUGUUCGUGAAUUUAUAUAUGGCGGCUGGGAGGCAUGGGGGUUAUCGGGACAAUGAGCUGAGGGACCGUGAGUCUAACUUGUAUGUGUCGAAGCGGGAUUUGGGUUAUUCUAAGGAGGAAUAUGACCGGAGUGGGAGCAGUAAUCAGGAUGAUGAGCGAGACCGAAGCCGUAAUGCUAGGGAUAGGGCUAGGGUUAGGCAGAAGGAUGUUAAAGAGAGGGAAGUGGCGAAUGGCGCGCACCACUCCUCUUCGAGUAAAAGUGACUCUGGGAGUAGUGGAGGCACAGGUGCUGGUGGGUCUAGGCAUCCCGGUAUUUCGGUUAGGACCAUGGAUAGAGAGCCAGGUGAAUUGUCCAGUGAAAGUGGGUCCGAGGACGCCAUAGAGUCUGACACAGGGGUUAAGGGCAUAGAGGUUUCUAAGACGGCAGAGAAUGGGGCCCACUCCCCAGUAGUGGAGAGGAAGAGGAAAUUCUCACCUAUAAUUUGGGAUAGAGACGAUGAUGAAUCAAGUAAGGCAUCGAAAAGAAGGGCUUCCGCCGCAGUUACUGCCCUUCCUCCUCCACCUCCACUUCCUAAAUCAUACCGUGAGAUCCCUAAUACUUACAAUGGGGUUGUGCAGAUAUCUUCAGUUAAAAAUGAUUUAGGUCAAGAACCACAGUCUUCCUCACCCAUAACUGAAAAUGUUGAUUUAAGUGGUGAUUCUGGGGCUGAGUCUCCAAUAGCAGAAUCUUCGGCAUUUGCUUUACCUUCAAAUGAUGAUCCAUGGGCUAAAGAUCAUGAGGCAACACAGCUAGAAGAUGAAGAUUAUGUGCCAAUGCAUAACAUAUCAUCUUCCAGAUGGGCAGCCGGAGAUAAUUCUCCAGUUGAUGAGGGUGAGAUAGUAGAGGAUGAAGAUUUUCCUACGAGAAGAAAGAAGACACCUUUGUUGGAAUCAUCAGGAAUCAGAGGACGUGGCAAAUCGGUCAGUCCUGAGCUGGGGAAACUUAAGAAAGAUAGUUCAGACAGACUUAGACGCAGGUCUUCUGAACCUGAUGGGCGAGGUGGUGCUGCUGGGUCAUCCAGUGAUAACCGCUAUUCUGACCAUGAUUACAUGGAUGUUGAUGAAAAGAACCGUAACGAGGAUGUGAUCAACGAUACGUCCGACACUAAUUCAGAAAGCGACGAUGAUUCUCGAGGAACACCAGAACCUGUUGGUCCGCCUCAAAGAAGUGUAAAUAUGCUGCAGGGUUGUAGAAGUGUUGAUGAGUUUGAGAGGCUUAACAAGAUAGAUGAAGGGACUUAUGGUGUAGUCUACAGAGCUAGGGAUAAGAAAACUGGAGAAAUUGUAGCACUGAAGAAGGUAAAGAUGGAAAAGGAAAGGGAAGGUUUUCCUUUGACUUCUCUGAGGGAAAUAAAUAUUCUGCUAUCUUUUCAUCAUCCGUCAAUUGUGGAUGUGAAAGAAGUUGUGGUGGGGAGCAAUCUUGACAGCAUUUUUAUGGUGAUGGAAUACAUGGAGCACGAUCUUAAAGGGCUGAUGGAAACAAUGAAACAGCCUUUUAGUCAGAGUGAAGUGAAAUGUCUAAUGUUGCAGCUAUUAGAAGGUGUGAAGUAUCUUCAUGACAACUGGGUGCUUCAUCGGGACCUUAAAACAUCAAAUUUGCUUCUUAAUAAUCGCGGUGAGUUGAAAAUUUGCGAUUUUGGAUUGGCUCGGCAGUACGGGAGCCCAUUAAAGCCUUACACUCACUUGGUGGUUACUCUUUGGUACAGGGCACCUGAACUCCUCUUGGGGGCAAAACAGUACUCAACUGCCAUUGACAUGUGGUCUCUGGGCUGUAUCAUGGCUGAAAUGUUGUCCAAGGAGCCACUUUUUAAUGGGAAAACUGAAUUUGAUCAACUUGACAAGAUAUUUAGAACUCUUGGAACCCCAAAUGAGACUAUCUGGCCGGGUUUCUCCAAGCUCCCUGGUGUCAAGGUCAACUUUGUUAAGCACCAGUACAACUUGUUGCGGAAGAAAUUCCCACCAACAUCUUUCACAGGACUUCCAGUACUUUCAGACUCUGGUUUUGACUUGUUGAAUAAGCUUCUUACUUAUGACCCCGAAAAGCGUAUAACUGCAGAGGCCGCCCUUAAUCAUGAGUGGUUCCGUGAAGUCCCUCUUCCGAAGUCCAAAGAUUUUAUGCCUACUUUUCCUGCUCAACAUGCUCAAGACAGGCGCCUGCGAAGAGUUUUGAAGAGUCCAGAUCCUUUAGAAGAGCAGCGCAGGAAGGAAUUAAUGCAAGGCGAGCUUGGGGGCGGAGGUUUGUUUGGCUAAAUGAAUAGGAUAGCCUGUGAUCCUCAUGCUGCAGUCUGUAUACACAAAAUGGACAUGGUCGAGGUGAGAGUUGCAUUGACGGGAGUUGGGAACAUAUUUAUCUGGAGAUCAUUCAUCUUAUUUUUUAGCAGGCACCAUGCUUGGGUGGAGAAGUUUGUUCUUGCUCUCCAUUAGUAAGCCAGAUUUCUCGCAGGUUUACUUUGUUCACCGGCUUUGAUCACCAAUAGAUAUGCAUCUGCGACCCUGCUUGCAUCGCAAGGUGUGGCAUGAUGGCCUUUUUAUUUUACUUUUCAAGGAAAAAUUUCAGCGUGAACUUUUGUAUGUAAAAUAGCAUUGACUGUACGCUGUAACAAUUUUCUUUCGGUUUGGAUUUUUUUGGCUAUUACAAGAACUAAAUUACUAUUCAUCUUUUCUAUCUUUUUGAUAUUGACGCUGUGUUUGCAAGAGAUGGUGGUCUGAAGUUGAAGGACGUUCUUUUCUUUACAUACAGGAAGAAUAUCACAGUAACGAGUAACCUUUAUGUUUGGAAGGUAAACUGCCAAUUCUAGAUUUGAGGGUCCAUGUCUCAAUAGUUUCAUCUCUUUUGGGACAAUAUCUCCUUGUUUGAUAUGGUGGAUAAUGGAUCGACGUGAGAGAUAUCAUGUUCUGUUUAAUAAUGUUCAAGACCUUUGUUGUCGUCCAAUUUUUUCUGCCAUGGCAUUUGAAAACAUGUCUGCCUUCAGCAUUGUGUACGUGGAAGUGAGUCUGAGAUAAAAGAGAUUAAAACUUGGGAAAGCCGUUUUUGAUGAAGAUGUUCUAUUGUGUAGCUGGUUGAGAAGUUGCUUAUACAUUUUAUAAGAACUUUCUGCUGGCAGCUUGAACCAAAAAAUCACUCAUAAUCUGGCAAAUUCGCAAUCAUUCAUGUUCCAUCAUGUUCAGCGCAAUAGACACUGAAGAUUUAAGCCUUUUGAAGCAACUAGCUAUUUUGGCCCUUUAAGCUGGAAAACGAAGACCAAAUUAAAAGGAAACGAAUUUGCCCAUUCGCUACUGUUUUCUCUAGUAUUAUCACAAUCUCGUUGAGGACCUGAGGUAAGUAGAGAACAUGGAGUCAGCAAGAGCUAUAUAAUAUUUUGAUACCUUAGGGAAAUAUUGUCCAAAAAGCUUUUCUGCUUUUUUAAGAUGGCCUUUUGACUUCUAACUCUUGUUAGCGGGAACGAUUGAUAUUUACUCGAUUGCCUCUUGAGACAUGCGGAUAUAAGGAGUUCAUUGAUCAUCUCUAUAAAGCUGGCCGCUGGCAGGUUAUUAAUAGCUUGACUAUCGAGAUAUCUCCUGUUUGUCAAUGCUUCUUGCGUUUGCGGCUUUUUGAGAAGGACAUGUAUCUUUUGCCCCAUUAACUUAGGUCCCAAAUAUUGUAACUACAUGACUUAUUUUGUGAACUGGAAGCCCUGGAAAUGUCCUUAUUGUGCUGAUGGCAUGUGAUGGUGUCAAGAUUUCUGUAAUUUUUCGGAAUUUUUUUUGACGUUUGUCUGCGGCUGUCACCUGCAGUAUCCAAGUUGCAAGCAGGUUGAGGAGUUUACCUUCAAAUUGGAUUAUAGAACUUCCAUUAGUUGUUCGUUCAUGCUCAUCAGAGGUACCAUAUAACUCUUAGUUUUCGCUUCGCCAUAUUGACAGUAUCUUGUCGAGUUUGGUUAAACUAGAUCUUGGUUAUAUUUUGUGAAUAUAUUAUACUUCAUCAUAAUAUAGUCAGAACUUUCUGGGUAUGAGAGUUCAUUUUAGUUUCUGUCAGGAAUAUGUGCCAUCACUAACGGGAUCCAUCUGCAUCAUUAUUUUGGUGGACGAAAUUUUCUUGGCUAAUUGUGUGUCAGAAGUUGAAAGAUGCUGCAUGCUUCUUGAAGACUAAUCAGUUUAUCGGACAGGAAUAAAGUCUUGAAAUUUGUCUUUCACUAAUUGCAGCUUCCUUUUUUGAUUGUCUAGUGGAGUGAAUUAUUGACGACAAAUGCCUUUUUGAGACAUACGUAGUUAUUUGCAAGCUAUCACUUGCAACGUUGUGGCAAGUGCCUUAAUGCUAACCUGUAAACAGUCAUGAUGCCUCGAGUGUUUUUGGGUUCAUGUCGGUAACCCUCUUUAUAUGUCUUGCCAUGUGGAAUUUGGACAAAACUGAUUUUUUUUUCAGGUUCAAUAAUGGUGGAGUUAAGGAUCAGGCUCUAUUCCAACGCUGGUUAGACCUUACUCUGCUUUUGUUUUAACCCUGGCUCUACUGUAGAUGGAGCAUUUCAUGGUCAAAAUUCUUUCUGCUUGCCUGAUUUUUCACAACAUUUCCUGUGGAAAGAACUUUGGUCGGGAGAAACUUGGCAGUGCUAUUAUGAUGGGGAAAUUUUCUUGCUUAGACUCAAGUCCAUGGACAGGGUGCUUUGUGGUUUUUCAUGUGGGACGUAUAUGUGGAGCCCAUGUUGAACCCACACCAUCUAUAUGGUCGUGAUUGAUCCCGUCCAUAUUGGCUUGGGUCCAGGUGAGAAAUUCCCACUGUCAUGGGACUUAUUACUUUUUAUUUGACUUUGUUAAUUUGAAGCUCUUCCACCUUUAAGUGAAAAUAGAGAAUUGGAGGCCUUCAGAAAAUAUGAUGCAUUCAUCUUGGCAUUCGUUGCCAGACAAGGUUCAAUCUCUCGGGGGCAUUUUAUAGUAUUGGACAAGUUUAUGAAAAAUGGUAUUUAAGUUUCUUUUUUUUUGCGAGACUUGCUAUGAAGUUAUUUGCUUUACCAACUUCUAGAUAGGAGUUUCGCUUGAAGUGAUGAAAAUGAUGCAACUUUUUCAAUCUAUUGAAUUGCAUUGAGUGCAAAUUGACAAAAAUAGUGAUGCUAUUAACUGCAUUCCAUCGUUGAGUUUUAAGUAGGAUGUGAUUGUCUCUUGUUUCUUUUGAGUCAUGGUUGAAUCUGUUGUGAGUCGAGAAUUGUGUGCCACUAUGAGGAGUGGUUGAUGCAAAGGACAAGUUUUUACGUUUAGCUGUCUUGCCUUGGGCCAAACAAGAAAUUUUAUCGCUGCCAUAGAUGUUUUUUCGGUUUUCUUUUGCACGCCUGUUCUCUUUUCUAUGGUGUCUCUAGGGAGCUAUCCAUUGUGGGUAAUACAGAAGCAAGAAAUUGGCGUCUUGAAGCCUGGAUUGAGUUGUAAUCUAACGGCAACGGUUGCGGAAGAGAAACUUAGAUGAUGGAGGCUUCUUCAAGCAGAAAAAUAUUGCACGGGAAGCUAGUGUUACAAUAAGAUGGCAAUGCAAUAGCCGGAGAAAAAGAUGAUGCGAUAUAGGAAGGAAGCGACCGAAGAGUCCAUCAGUUGAUAUCUUAGAUUUCAUUCGCUCUGGUCACGGGCGAGGGCCUUGGAGCGUUUUUUGAGAGGAUUAUUUUUCGAAUGUCACCCGAUACCAACGUUAGUGCUUGCACAUAUCAUUGUAUAAUGAAUGGGCAUUUAAGUAA